UGAAAUUAAUAGAAUGUAUUAAAGUGUUAUUAAAAUGAAUGGAAACCCUCAGUUCACUUACAUUCAAAUAGAAUGAUUCAUUAAUUGAUCUGAUUCAUUGUGAGUCUGUGGACCUCUCUUAUUCAACAUCAAACUGGCAUAUAUAAAAUAGUGCAAAAAUAAACAAUGGUGGACCUUGGAUAAAAUCAAGUAUUUUCUUUUCUACAAAAGAAGAACAAUGAGUAGUACACCAGUUCCGAAACCUCGCACUCGACAACUGGACAUUGGGAAGAAACCAAUACCCUUACCAAGAACACAAAAAUUAUCUACAACAAAUGAUACUGCAGUUGAUUCAUCAUCGUCAAACAGUUCAUCUGUAACAGACAACAUGUCCAGUUCACCUAAUUCUGGAUUUUUUAAUACGCUUAAAGAUGAAUUUAACGUAAAAAAGAAAAGUGUCAUUGAAACAUCUAAACAAAUUAGUGAAGAUUUUACAGAAAAAGUGCAAGAACGUAAAAAGUCUGUGAUAGAACAUUCAAAACAAAUUAGUGGUGAUAUUACGGAUAGAGUGCAAGAGAAAAAACGAGCUGUUAUUGAGUCUGCAAGAAAUGCACAUUUGUGUGUGAAAAAAAAUGUUGCCAAACAUUUUGGAUCAUUACAUCGCGAUGGAUCAAUUACACCAGAUAUUCCAUCCGCGCCAGAAAAAACACAAUCGUUACCUCCAUCUUCAGAAAUAUUUGAAGGUAUAUCGUUUCAAUCACCACUUACAUUAGAAAAGAAAAAGAAAAAACAAAUCGAAUAUCCAGUUAAUGAUAUUGACGAUGAAACCUAUUCAGAACCACCUAGUUUUCCACCACCAUUAAUGCCACCACCUCCUUUACCUGAUGAGAGUUUAUAUGAUGAACCACAAUCUGCAAAUGCUUCAGGAAGUUCUAGUAGUUGUGGCGGUACCCUAAAUUCUGUAUCUUUAUCUGAUCGAUUAAACUAUGAAGAAAUAUUUCCUGACGGUAUUAGUUUGUUAAGCUAUGCUCAAGCACAUGGCAGCGAUUCGGAUAGUGAUAAAACAUGUGCUCCAAAAGUUGAUUCUAGUCAUCAUUUACAUCGGUCUGAAUCGUGGUCCUUUUACGAUUCAGUUAAUCGAAACCAAAAUUGCGAUUCAAUACCAGAAGAUGAAAGUAUAUAUGCUAAUGAUUCAAUUAUUCAAGAACAUGAAAAUGAAAAAGAAGAUGAAAAGGAAAAUGACGAGCCACCACCACGACCAGAGAGAAAAGAUCGUAAAUUAUCGAAUCAAAGUUUUAAAGAAGAUUUUUCAAAAAUGAAUAUUCUUCGCUUAAGUGAAAUUAGCAGUAUUUCUGUGCAGAAUACACUUUAUGAAAAUCAUAUUUUACAACCACAACCAGUGAAAAGAGAUCAAGAAAAACCAACAACUCCACAAUCAAGUAAAAUUACUGAUAGUAUGAUCUUUGAAUUUGAUCCAUUAAAUAAUUUACCACCAUUAUCGGAUGAUUCCAGCAAUGAUUUGUCAUUUCUGGAAUCAAUUUUACAAGGCGAUACAUACGGAACUACAACAUAUACAAGCAAUGAAAAUCACGAUUGGUCUCUAUCAGAUGAUGAAUCUGAAUCUGGAGAUGUAUUAAAUCCACCAACACCCCCAAAACGUUUUGAUUCAUUACCAUCCGAAAUGGAUCAAGUACCUUCAACCAAAUGGUUUAUACCAACACCGGAUUCAAAUUCGACAACAAAGGAAACAUUAAAUGUAUCACCAGAAAAAAUUGAAAAGAGUACGGAAAAAACAAAUUGGAUGAAACAAAGACUGUCUGGUGUAAUUCAAAAAUUAGUUCCUGAUAAUUCUAGAAACAUUACUAGGCGUAGUUUUCGUGGUAAAGAUGAUGUUAAAUUAAAAAUGACUGACAAACCUUCGGCUAGUGGACAAACAAUUGUUACACAUCAAGGUUUUAUGAUAAAAUUUGGACGUAGUGGUGGCGUAGAAGAUCUGUUCGGUGAUGUUAAUCCAAGAUGGUGUUAUCUUGGUAAUGGUAAAUUGACAUGUUAUAAUGAUAAUACGCUGAAAGUUAUCAAAGAAACCAUCAAUGUUGAGCAUAUUUUAAGUGUUCAACUUAUUUCACAAAAUCGUAUUAUAAAUUUACCAAACAGAGGCCCAUCUGGCAACGAAGAAGAAGAAUUUCAUUGUUUUGAAAUUACAACAAGUUUGAAAGGACCACGAAGUCGAAAUGUGUUGGGUGCCAGGAAUUUAUCAGAUCGUCGAAUAUGGAUGCAAAAAUUAAUGGAAAGUCAAACAGCAGUAUUUCCUAUAAGCCUUGUUAGUGAUUUUAGUAGAGCUGGAUGGGUAUAUUUACGUGAAGGUGCCAGCAGUUCAUGGAAGGGUACAUGGCUUUUAUUGCAUAAUCGUGAACUUGUAUAUAUUCAAGAUGGAGGUGAACGUAAAAAUGUUGAUUUAAGAACUGCUCGUUGUAUAAUACUGCAAGAUGCUGAAUCAGAUGGACCUAAAGCCGACGAUAAUGGUCCACAAAUGCUUGUAGAUUGUGCUGUUGGUGGAACUUUGUAUAUAAGAUCCGCGUUACGGCGUAAUACUUGCGCAUGGCGGCAGGCCAUACGUGGCGCUGCGCAUAACAAUGGUGCUGCCUUAGAUCAACAACAAAUUACAAAUGAUAAUAUUCCAGUGAUUGUAGAUAAAUGUAUUAAUUUUGUUUACGCUCAUGGCAGCAUGUCUGAAGGAAUUUAUCGACAUAGUGGUUCUGGAAAAGUAAUUUCUGAUUUGUUAACUGAAUUUAGUGACGAUGCUUGGGCUGUGCAGCUUACCAAGGAUCGUUGUAGUGAACAUGAUGUCGCAUGCGUACUUAAAAGAUUUAUGAGAAAUUUACCAGAACCAGCCUUAACGACAAAAUUGUACCCAUAUUUUUGUAAAAUAUCUGAAAUGAAAUCGAAUGAUGAAAAAGUUGGAAUGUAUAAGAAAUUAUUAGAAAAAUUACCACCAAUAACAUAUCAAACCAUAAAAAAAUUAAUGUCUCAUUUACAUUUCAUUCAAACCCAACAUGCAAGAAAUCAAAUGUCGGUUUCAAAUUUAGCAACAGUUUGGGGACCGACGCUAAUGUUAGCUGAUAAUAAUGACAAUACGCAAUGGUCGAAAAAUGAAAUUGGUGUAAUAGCUGAUUUAAUUUCAUUAAAAAAUUCAUUAUGGCCAAUGACUUCUGAAGAGCUUGUAAAAGAGAAAACUAUGUUAGCAGUUCUUUUACGAUACCAUCAAAGUAGUUUGAAUAGUGCAGCAGCUAGAGUUUCAUCCGGAGAUUUGCAAGUUUGGAUAUAUUUAAAUACACCUAAUUCGGGCGAUUGUUAUCAUGUUACGUUGAAUCCACAUAAAACAGCAUUUGAUAUUUGCCGCGAACUGUGUUCGAAAAUGAAAUUACCUGCACAUGAAGUUCAAGUUGAAGAAUCAGUGCUAAAUGGUCAAUUAAAUCGUCCUAUUCAUUAUACUGAACGAGUAUUAAAUGUUGUGCUUCAAUGGGGUUACUGGGAAAAUACUGAUUGUAAAGAUAAUUGUUUAGUUUUACGACCGAACACGUUAUUUAAAGAACUAUCAACAGAAAGUCAACGUCCAAUUGCAAUGUCCGGUGAACUAAAAUAUGUUGAUGAUAAAUCAAAAUCAUUUAAAAAUUAUAUGUUUGAAUUUAGCCAAGCAAAAUUGUCAUACUAUAAGGACAAAAACUGUUCUAUUAAAUUGGGUGAAUGGAAAAUUGAAGAAAUUGUUUGGUACAUGGGCUAUGAAACGAAACGAAAUCCUCAUGCUCGUUGGUGUAUAACAUUUUUCCCAAAAAAUAAAAUACCUAAACGUACUAAAUCUACACCAUGGUUUGGUCAUGCAAUUGCAGGCACUGAUCGUACACAAGAACUUCGUUGGCUUUAUGCUAUGACACUUGGUGAAUAUCCUCAAGGUUUACUUCCUUCGCCAAUUCAUGUUGAUUUAAUUGAGGCUUAAUACUUCUAGCAUUUAUUUUCAAGUAUAAUUUUUUGCAUUUAAAAUGGGCAUUAUUUUUCAA